AUGAGACGUGAUUACUACUACGGGUGUUUUUUUGAAGCGGAACAUAAACGGGGCUGGCAUUUUUACAAACAAGGACUGCAAGCAAAAUGCGUGUGGACACAUUAUCGAUCAGAAACCGUUCUGCCAUUGGCCGCUUUCCAUCUGGUACACUUGCGCUGGAUGAGCCAGAGACAGCGAACCCAGAGAAGACAGAAUGGACCUGCAGUAGAUGGUUCCGCCGGUGCUGCUGUUGCCGCCGCAAAAGAACUGAUGCUGAUGUCACGGACACUGUUGUCACAGAUGUCAUUCCAGAAGGAUCAAUAGAACACCUUGAUAUGAAAGGUGUUUUAUUGGAGGUACAUUCCAUAGACCUUCUCAAAUCCAAGACAGGACAGAACCGAGUGGAGCAUCAUACAGACCGUUACCAUAGUGAACAACUUAUCAUCCGCAGAGGCCAGACUUUUCAGAUGUCGAUUGAGCUCUCACGACCUUUUAACCCGAAGACAGACAAACUUCACUUAGAGCUGAGACUAGGUAAUCUCCCAGAUGUAUCAAAACGCACACUUGUGAUUGUUCCUUUGGUUGAGGACCUGCAGGACAAUUGCUGGGAAGCCAAGAUUAUUGAACAGAUAGGCAAUAAAAUCAAACUGUCUGUGAACUCUCAGUCAACUGCUGCUAUUGGCAUAUACAAGCUCACUGUUGCAACACACUCCCUAAUGGGCGAGGCCAUGUCACCUUACAACUCUGACAAUGACUUGUACAUGCUGUUCAAUCCCUGGUGUGAAGAUGAUGCUGUGUACAUGGAUAAUGAGGAAGAGAGGAAAGAGUAUGUUCUGAAUGACAUGGGCAUAAUUUAUUAUGGAACUGAGUUACAGAUCGGAGACAGACCAUGGAAUUUUGGCCAGUUUGAUAAAUCCAUCCUGACUGCCUGUCUGUUUUUGCUGGAAAAAAGUGGAGCUCCUGCGUCUGGAUGGGGAGAUCCAGUUAAUGUGGUCAGGAUUGUGUCUGCAAUGGUCAACUCCCCUGAUGACAAUGGUGUGUUGGCAGGUAAUUGGUCAGGUAAAUAUGAGGAUGGAACAGCACCCACAGUCUGGAGUGGUAGCAGUGACAUCCUGAGACAGUACCAUGUCAAUGGAGGAACACCAGUUAGAUACGGACAAUGCUGGGUCUUCUCAGGAGUCACCACCUCAGUGCUGAGGUGUCUAGGAAUUCCCACCCGUAGCGUUACAAACUUCAGCUCUGCUCAUGACACUGAUGUUUCCUUGACAACUGAUGUUUAUUUAGAUGAGAACUAUGAGCCAAUCGAAGAGCUUAAUCAAGAUUCUGUCUGGAACUUUCAUGUGUGGAAUGACUGUUGGAUGGCCCGUCCAGACCUUCCCGCAGGUAUGGGGGGCUGGCAGGCUGUAGAUGCAACUCCUCAGGAGACCAGCCAAGGUGUUUUCUGCUGUGGCCCUGCCUCUGUCACAGCUGUCCGGAACGGACAUGUUUUCCUCAAGCAUGACACACCGUUUGUAUUUGCAGAGGUAAACAGUGAUAAAGUCUACUGGCAACGGAAGGCUGAUGGGACCUUCACUCAGGUCAAAGUUGAGAAGAAAGCAGUAGGUCACUUUAUUAGCACUAAAGCUGUGGGCUCUGAUGAACGUGAGGACAUCACACACCUCUACAAACACCCAGAAGAUUCAGAGGAAGAGCGCAUUGCUGUGGAAACAGCUUGUAAAUAUGGCUCCAAGGCAGGAGUUUAUGCUGUCCCUAGUGCUGAAGAUGUCACCUUGCAGAUCAGUAUGGAGGGGGAAGAACCUCGACUUGGUGCAGAUGCUACACUGACCAUCACAAUAAAGAACUUAAGCUUAGAACCACGCAGUGUCAAUCUUAACGGCCAGGUGGCAGUAGUGUACUACACUGGGGUGCAUAAAUCUGCAGUGAAAAAAGACCAGAUACCUGUUGAACUUCAGCCCAAUGAAGUUGAGAAUGUGGAGUGGAGUUUGCUGUAUGAUCACUAUAAAGACCAACUGGUGGACCAGGCAAUUGUGAUGCUCACUAUCACAGGACGGGUCGCUCAGACGAAACAGGUUCUGGCCACCCAAUUCAGUUUCAGACUGCGCACACCUGACAUUGUCAUUACUCCUGAUGGGGAUGCCGUAGUUGGCAAAGAGUUGAAGGUUACGUUUGUUUUCCGGAACCCACUUCGCCGAAAAUUGAAAAAUGUGAAGUUUCGCAUCGAAGGACUGGGAUUGCAGAGUGUGAGGGAGGUUUCCUAUGGCAAUGUAGAAAGCCUGGCCACAGUUACAUUGACAGAGAAGUUUAUUCCAAUGGAGGCUGGACCACAGAAACUUCUGGCUUCACUUGACUGCCAUCAGCUAACUCAGGUGCAUGGAGUCACCAGCAUCAUUGUCAAAGCAAUGUGAAGUAUCUCUUGAAGAAAAUGCUUUGCACUGGAGCUUCAGAGGUUGUAAAAUUAAUUUGGAAAAUUGGAGAUCUCAAUCUAUGACACUGUCUUCUCCAGCCACGAGUGAGUGUUUUACCCAGAUUAAGAGUUAAGGCCUUUUUACUCCAAUCACUCAAGAUGAAGCACUAUGCAACACUUGACACAUUUGAGACCUAAUACUGCUGGAUUUUACCUUUUACUGAGUUAUUAUAAUAACUACCUGUAUUUGUUUUAAAUAUGAUGUUAAUUUAACAGUUUAUGAUCUAAUAAAUUUAACAAUUAUUUAUUUUUCUUAUAUAAACUAAAUGUCAGCAUGAUAUUGUGUUUUUGCUUUUAAAAGUUUUUUUUAUCAUAUUUGUUAAAUGUUUUUAUCCUUUUACAAUUGUCCACUAAAACAAUCACAAAAUGUAUUUUUGUAACAGCAUGUUGUAUGUGUUCUUCUAGGUUUUAGCGAUUACUGCAUAUUUAAUCAAUCUAUGGAUCAAUAAACAGCAUGCACUAUUGCACAAAAUACUUGAUUCUGCUAUGCAGUUUUAAUUUCUUGAGGGUUCUAGCACCUUCUCUUUGUUGGAAUUGCUAUUAAAUAAUUGAACUGACUGACAUGACUAAAGUGAACAACAGUACCAGAAACGUUUCUC